GUUAGCAGCAGCUAGCAGCUGCUGACGGUUGUUCUGUCGGGUCUUGGCGGCAUAUUUCAGCAACAAUGUGUUCAGUUGUGGUUCUGAGAGAGUUUAUCAGAGAGAGGCUAACUACUGCUGCUGAAGACAUCUUCACAGAGGUGGAGAAGACUCUUAGACUGCUGGAGAUCAGCUGGAGAACCCAAAUAAACCAGGAGCUAACAGGACUCCAACAAAAGGUUUCUGAGGAAGAGGUUCUGAAUGACCAGCAACUCUGGAACAAGGAGAGGAACCACAGUUUUGACCAGGAGGAAGCAGAACUUCUGCAGGAGGAACUGUGCAUGGGUCAGAAUGAGGAGCAGCUGCCACUGAAGCAGGAAGAGACCUUAAUGAUGCCACAGAUUCAACAAAUAGUUGGACAUUCUGAAAUCAGCAUGGUCCAGUUUGGAGAAGAGAUGGACCAUCAGCACCAGCUGCCAGAAACAAGCUGGAAACCAGUGAUAAAAUUACACAAAACAGAACCACCACAGCAACACGUUGAUGAGGAGGAGGUUCUGACUGACCGACAGCUCUGGAACCAGGACAGAAACUGGAAUCUGGACCAGCAGGAACAACAACCUACACAUAUCAAAGAUAACCCCGAAGAACCAGAACCUACUAAGAGCAAACGGAACCAAGAAGAGCAAGAACAACCACAGACCCAAGAGAAACCAGAACUUCCACUGUUAAAACAAAACCAUGAGGAGCUUGUACCUCCAAAGAUGAAACAGAACCAGGAGGAAUCAGAUCCUCCCCUCCUGUGUAUCUGUAAGGAGGAAGAGCAGAUGGUAACAAAUCCGGACUUUACGGUGCCUCCUACUGAUGAUGAAAGUGACCAGAGUGAGCCGGAACCAAACACUGAGCGGGUCCACUCUGAAACCUCUGCUGCUAUAAAGAUUCAAGAUCAAGAUGGAAGCAAACAUGUAGAAUCAGAACCACCUCAAAGAUAUGAGGUGAAGUUCAUGAAGACUUUUCAGAGAAAGAAAAGAAAACAUGCAGAAGGUUCUUUUGGGUCAGAGAGUCUGAGUGAUGCCUUCAUUAGAGCAUCGUCACUGAUGAGUCAUCACAGAACUUCCAUAGCUGAGAAAGCUUCCUCUGCAGGUCCACAUGGAGGAGAACUGUCUUCUUCAUCAGCAUCACGAGAGCUUAGCCACCUUAAUGAGAGCAGACCCUGUGGGACACCUUCAUCCAAUAUGUCAGCAGCAAACUGGGACCAAAGGAGUCCACCAGCAGAGAGUCUGUAUUCCUGCAACACCUGUGGGAAAAGAUUUCGAUUUAACUGUCGAUAUUUGUCCCACAUGAGGACCCACACUGGAGAAAAGCCAUUUUCCUGCAGGGAAUGUGGAAAAAGUUUCACUCAGGGAGGAAGUUUGUGGCGACAUGUGAGAACUCAUUCAGGCGACAAACCGUUUCUAUGCAUAACAUGUGGGAAGAGCUUCAGCCAGAGGACUGGUCUGCUGGGUCACAUUAGGACUCAGCAUACUGGUGACAAGCCAUGUUCUGCUUAAACAUGUCUGUCAGAAGACUGGUCUCCAUGAAAGCAGGAACCCAGUGAGUCUAGUCCUGAUCUCUGGAUCAGAUGAAUGGUUCCUUACCAGGCCUCUUCAGAGAUGAGGGACUGAACACUGAUGAGGGAGUUCUGCCAUUUGAUCCGGGUUUGUUGGAGAAGGGAUGCUGCUGGAUGGAGGACUGAACUUAGGCACCCUGGUCUAGAGAAACAUUUCAUGCAGAACUUUGAGGACUCCUGCUGGAGAAAAGCCAUGUUCCUGUGGAGAACCUAGGCACUGGUCAAAAGUUCCUAUUCUCAGUGAGACAGGUACCAGGCCCUCAGCAUGUUAUUAAAGUGAACAGUACCAUUUCAGAACUGGACCCUGAAGACCGACCGGUACUCAGCUUCACAGACAGACAGCUGCUGUGAUGCUACCAAACUUAAAGUGCCAGAAGAGAGCAGGAAAUAAGGUGAACGACAGACUCAGAACUCUGAGGUGAUAUCUAAGCGGACCAUCAUUAUUUGUUCUUCAAACUUAAAAUAAAAUGUAUUACUUUGUGUAGACCUCUAACUCUGAUUUGAGAUGUUGGUCACCAUGUAUUCAUUACUGCAGUCAGACAUCUUCUGCAGAUCACCUGGAUAACCUGAAAUUAAUGGGAGAUGGAGCUGCAUGUUGCUUGCAGAGCAGUGGCACCAGCAGGUCCAGAGAAGAUUAAAAUGGGCUAAGAACUGAUCCCCAACAUCCAUCUGCAUCCAAGUCUCCACCAUCACAACCAUCUCACUGCUGAUCUGAAAGGAAGUUGAAGAAUUUUGAGUUGGUCCUCUUUCUUCAUCUCUCCACCCACAUCUAACCAUCAAACCUUCCUCCAGAAGACCCUUGGUUUGUCCAUGUGGACAGCUGCAGAUUUCAGUCCAGCUUAAAGGUUCUGUUCUUGGAGCUGGAGCUUCUUUCUUGCUCUGCACCAUCUCACUCCAUGGUGACGUUAAACUACUGGUUCCUGUGUUGUUCCUAACAUCCUGACCAACUUCCUUUCAUCUGAGGGGAGCGGUUUGGUUCAGAUGGUUGAAACCUAGACACAGUUGGGUGUAUCAGCAGAACCGUGGAUGAAGUUAUUUCUAACAUGAAACUUCUGGAAAGGCACCAGUCUGUUGACCUGUGCAGGAAUCCAACCCGUUUUAAUCAACGUUACUAAAUGAACCAUGAAGAGCGGUGAAAUAUGAGCCAGGCUGAAGCUCCCAGCGGGGUAGGAGUGUAUGGACAGAUUUGACCCUGCAGGCAUAGUUCUGAUCCCGGAUCAGAGAAAGUCCAGAAUAAACUCGACCUUGCAGCCAGUUCUUCAGCCUGGAAUUAAACGAUUCAAAUCUUUAAAGUUUAGAUUUAUUAAUUAUGGUUGUGAGGAGUGGAUGGAAGGUCUGACCUGCAUGGGACAUCCUUACAGUUCUGAGGUUCUGAGUUGUGUCGAUUGUGAUUUAACGAUUAUUGGUCCUCCAAACAUCAUCAGCUAACAUCGGUCAACAGAUUUUUUUAUUCAUAUUUCACAUAAAUAUUUCCAACCUACUUGCAGGUUGCAUGGUGAUGCCUGCAGCCCCAAAGGUACCAAAACCACAUUCUCCAAAGCGGACCUUCCAGGAGACGUUCAUGCGGUGCAGUCAUCCAUGAACCGGGCCAUGCCAGCCAUAUGGGUCGGCCUCAUCCUGAUGUUGCUCAGAUAUAGAAAGUUCCCCUAAACUCAGGCUCUCAUUGGCAGCAAGGAGCUGAUUUCUGAAUGUAAUCAGAUCUAUGGACUGGACCCAUACUGCUAUAGGGGCCCCAUCUGGAAGUCAAUAUGUUUUAAUGAAUAGAAAGUAUCUUCAUUCAAUAAAUGUUCAACCUAUUAGUGAUGCACUGAUGUGUCUCACUAAUACAACAAUGGCCUCCUCUA